AGCUGAAGCUCCGAGCUAGCGCGCGAGGCUGGAGCUAGCAUGUAGACCUACAGGCUACAUGUGGCCAUGUAGACCUACACGUAGAUCUACCUGGAUGGAGCAGAGAGAUAAAUGCAUGAAAUGCCAUACGUGCGAGUGACGCAUGCGCACUGCGCGAACAUAAAUGUACCUUUGAACCUUCUGCCAACCUUUGACCCCAAGUAAGAAUCGUUGUCUUGCGGAAGUAAGUUAUAUUAGUCUUUUGAGCAGGGUCCUGGGGGAUCAGGAGUCGUCAAAAUACCGUUUUUGACUACUCCCUGGUUUUACCUGGUGACGGGUGUUGAGAAGGAACCUGCUUACUUCCGAAAUCAGAGCCUUCAGAUUCCUGUGUGAGUUCUGUCGCUUUAGCCCUUCGGCUAUGUCAUUGUUCGUAACAUGAAUGAAGUGAACGGUAUGCUGAUCGGGUUGAUGAAAGCCGAGUUGCUUCUUUUCUUGAAUUGAAAGGUGAUGCUUGUGCAUCGAAACGUAGCUUUAUACUUGAGAACGAGUCAGUAAACCAGAGCAAUGCUAAACGAUCUCUUUGAGCAGAUAUUUCACUCUGAGGCGUCUUUCAAGGAGAGAAUCGCCGAGCUAAAGCAAGUCAAUAGUCAGAGGCAAGCUCGAAAUUCGUAUCAAAAGGACCUGGACAAGCAAUACGCGGCCCUUUUCCAGUCAUGUCUGGAUGGCGAUAAUACGUUGGUGGCAGCAAGACUUCAGAAUAACCUGCAACUGAAAACUGAGUCAAUCUUAGCCAGUCAACGGAAAGAUCAGGAGAAAGAAGUGGACGCCCUGAAGGAUAAAAAGAAAAGCCUGGAAGAGGAUGAUGAGUCAAUGCGCCAGCAGUUUGUGCUGGAAGUCAAUGCCUUCUACACUGCACAUGACCUUAUGGGUGAAGGGAAAAAUAGCAGGCUUGCGCAGACACAACAUGAGCACACAUCUCUUGCAGAUGAAGUUGAGCAGCUGCAGCAAGAAGUCGCUAUUUUGGAAGCAGAGCAUCAAUUGAGCGAUCAACUGGCAGCUGAAAAUGUGACAGUUGAGGAAGAAAUCAAGAACUUACUUUCGCAACGAGAAGAGUUGAACGAGCAUAUGCAGGAACUACAAAACUCGAUCAGAUGCCACGAGGAUGAGCGGAAGGAACUCGAGGAGCAGUCGCUAAAAAAUCCUGAAUUUCAACGCCUUCAACAGCAACUGGAUGCAGCACAAAGCGAGCGCUAUGAAUCUCUUUGCAAGGAGCUGAGCAACGAAGUGAAAACUCUCCAGGAUACCCUGGCUAAAACUGGCAAGAGCAAUAAAGACCCAAACAAUGCAACUCCAGUGCGCAAACAUCAGCAUAUCGCCAAGGGAUCAGCCAGCAUCAGCCAUGUUGCGGGCCCGACACCAUCAUCAAAGAGUGGAGGAAAUACUCAUCCCAAAUCCGUGGACUCUUUUUCCAAUAUUCGAUUGAAGACUGCAUACUCUACCAACACACGUCCGGUGCACGAGGCCAUCACAUUCGACAGCUUUUGGAAUGAUGAAGAAGAAUUCAAUGGUGAUGAUGACUUCCUAGAUGAAAUUGGUGUAACAGAACCGGCACCACAGACAAUGGCAUCAAGAACAGGAAAGGAGGAAAGAGCAGCAACUUCCGGUUCCAUACCAUGUCGAGGGAAGCAGCAAUCCGCUUCUCAUCGUGGACAAUCUUCACUGGAAAUGUAUCCACCUAUGGCCAAGAAAGUGCGGUUCCACUGACUCAUCUCGUUGCCUGUGUACAUGUAGUCCAAUUUUCCGCGUCAUUUUGAACAUACAAUGUAGAAAGAGCAUGUUUCC